UGUGGGUGGUGGGGGCCCUAAGUAGAACGGAACUUAAACCAAAACUUGACGUUUGUACGUCACGUUGGUUGUACGACUUGUACGUCAAAAUCAACUGCGUGCUAUUUGGCGGCACAAACUUGAAACAUUACAAAUUAAUCAUACGCAAUAAUUCCGAAACACUGCACCAUUAUGUGUGGACGUACUGGAUUGUCGCUUAAUAAAGAACAAGUAAUAUGUGCAUGCAGCUAUCAACCAAUACCUGGAUAUGGUCACUGUAAACCGGAAUGGAUGCACGAACAUAACGAUGGUAAGGAAUACAAACCAUCAUACAACAUCGCUCCCACUGACGUUACUCCAGUUUUGGUUUCUGCCAGUAAGUUCAAAACUGCAGCUCCGACUAGCAGGAUUGUAAAACCUAUGAUGUGGGGAAUUAUACCUCCCUGGCACAAGGGUGAUUACAGAAAUCAUAAUUUAAGUACUAAUAAUUGCCGUUUAGAAGGCAUACAAGGAUCCAAACUCUAUGGCCCUAUUUUACAAGAUGGGGGUAGAUGUGUAAUUGUUGUUGAAGGGUUUUAUGAAUGGCAAACUACAGAUAAGUCUAGCAAAAAUAAACAGCCUUACUACAUAUAUUCUCCACAGGAUGAAAACAUAAAGGAAGAUGAUUCAGCAACUUGGAAUAAUUCCUAUGAUGAUGAAAAUGGUUGGAAAGGGAUAAAACUUUUGCACAUGGCUGGUUUGUACCAUGUAUGGCAAAAUGAGGAAGUUAUUAUAUAUUCUUAUUCAGUCAUCACUAUGGACUCAAAUAACACUUUGAAUUGGUUGCACCAUAGAAUGCCAGCCAUAUUGGACAAUGCACAUCAAAUUGAUGCUUGGCUCAAUAUUACUGAUGUUGAUUCACACAUGGCUCUAGGAUAUUUGAAACCAGUCAAAAUUCUAUCUUGGCAUCCAGUUUCAACCCUGGUUAAUAAUUCAAGAACUAAAUCAGCAGAAUGCAACAAAAGAAUUACUUUGGCCCAGAAAAAUAAGUCUACACAGAAAACCUUAACAGGGUGGUUUGUUAAACCUGAAAAAAGAAAGCUAGAUGACAGCCCAGGUGGUGAAUCUAAAAGAAAAAUGACUGAAAAUUAAGAUCAAUUUAUU